CUUGCGGCCUCGGCCCUUUGAGAUUAACAAGUUCAAUUCUAAUGCAAACCCUAGAAACCAACGCCAGCCCAGUAGCUCUCUCUUCUCCUUCGAGCCUCUGUCUCUCCCUCUCAACGCAAGGGUGUAAACUAAAGCCACCCAAAAGGUCGCGCUUCACAAAUCUCCACCCCCCGCGUCAUCCACCCAUCCUUUCUCUCUAAUUGCAUCCGAUCUGGGCAUACAUCCAAAGCUGGCAGCAGGAGAUCGGCACUAUAACAAGGGUGAGAAGUUGGAUGUAUUAGAGAACUUGCAUUUUAUAUGGAAUUCAGAGUAAUAGAGGGAAGUCAUGUCAGUACUCUCUCUUUCUGAAGUUCAGUAUGUUGGGGAACGAAGUCCAGUAACAAAACCAACAGAGGACAUACUCGAGGAAUCCACAUUGCUGCAAGUAGAUGGUACAAGAAAAAGGGUAAGGGAGAAACUAUCACUUGCUAUUUGUGACAGGAAACAGAUCCUAUUAGAGGUUGAUGAUGCUCAACGAGGGCCUGCUGAUGAUCGGUUAGACAGCAGGGAAGAUGGUACAUUCAAAGAGCUUCACCGUUCUCCUCAAAGGCAUAAUGAUGAAGUAUUAGACAACAUCCAUGCUACUGAGAAGCCAUUGCCAAAUAUAGACAUGUUUCAACAGGGGCAAGUACAUGAACAAUUAAGCAACAAACAUGAAGGAAAUGCUAACUUCCCAGAUAGUGACAAACAUGAAGAAAAUGCUUGCUUCCCACAUACCGAUUCUCAGCUGGCUGAAUGCAAAAUAUUAAAUGGUAUGGUAGAGGAAGAAACUUCUUUUCUUAGAGAGAAAAAAAUUAAUGAGGAUGUCAUACAUUUGAGAAUAGAAUCGCAUUCCUAUUCUGGUCAACAGUGUAAUGAAGUAGGCAGCUGCUUUGAGCCGGAGCAAGGAGUACAAUUAAUCGAUCGUAAUUUUAAGUCAAAUGACAACAUGGUACCUGCAAAAGACAGCCAGGGAGAUAAAAUAUGUGAAUUUAAUAAUAGAGAAGAUGCACCAUGCAGUGCUGAAUCUAUUCAGACUGAUACUUCAGAUUCUUGUGGUGAGGAGGAAGACCAGUCUUGUCUCCCUCACAAGCUGUCUGAUUUUGAACCUGAUUUGCCUGAGCAGGGGCAAAAGAAUAAUUCAUUCUUGUUUGGUAAUGCCUCACACUCAUCUAUGCAAAAUAUGAACAACAAUGUGCAGAACAUCAAUCAAGAAGGAGAAUCAGGUCUUCUAAGAAAUGAAUAUGUUGAACAAGAUCAACCUGUGGCGCUCUGGGUCAAGUGGAGAGGGAAGUGGCAAACUGGAAUUCGAUGUCCUAGGGCAGAUUGCCCAUUGUCAGCUUUAAAAGCGAAGCCUACACAUGAGAGAAAGAGAUAUGUUGCAGUUUUUUUCCCUCGUACAAGGACAUAUUCUUGGGCAGAUAUGCUACUAGUUCGUUCAAUUGGGGAAUCACCAGAACCGCUUGUUAAUGGUAACCAUCGUAGAUGGAGAAAAUUGGUUAAAGACUUGACUCUUCCACGUCGAUAUAUUAUGCAAAAGCUUGCUUUUGCGAUGCUAAACAUCAGCGACCAGCUACAUACAGAGGCUGUAAUUGAGGAUGCUCGCAAGGCCACAACGUGGAAGGAAUUUGCUAUGGAGGCUUCUCACUGUAGAGAUUAUCUUGAUCUUGGAAAGAUGCUGCUAAAGCUUCAAAAUAUGAUACUUCCAAGCUACAUAAGUCAAGAUUGGCUCGGAAAUUCUUUUGACUUAUGGAUUCAGAGGUGUCAGAGUGCACAGACUGCUGAGUCCAUUGAGAUACUUACAAAGGAAUUAGUGGAUUCUGUAUGUUGGACCCAGGUUGAUGAGCUCUGGAAUGCACCUGUGCAGCCAGAGUUAGGUCCCGAGUGGAGAACUUGGAAACAGGAGGCAAUGAAAUGGUUUUUUUCUUGGCAUCCAUCUGCUAUUGGUGGAGAUCUAGAGCAGAAGAGGAUCUGUGAUAUCUCUGCUGGUAUGGAACCUCAGAUUAGUAGGAAGCGCCCAAAGCUUGAAAUCCGCCGAGCAGAACCUUCUGUUUCACCACUGAAAGAUUCUGGAUGUGCGCUAUUCUCCCAGAUCAACACGAUAGUUACUGAUUCUGGACAUCUGGAUUGCCAGAAUAUGGUAGAAUCUACUCUUACACAGGAGCCUUGUAAAGUGGCUGUGCAGAGUGGAGUGGCUGUAGCGACAGUGCCUGGCAUCGCAGCUGAUAGGUGUGACAGGAUUAAAGUUGAAGGGAAUGGUGUAAAAUUUGUUCAGGGUUCUGAAGUGUGUAUGUCUACGGAUGGAGAAUGUGGCAAGGAAACCAUAAUAGAUUCCCAUAUUGAAUCAGAUUCUGUGAAGAGAUAUCACCAAUGUGCUUUUUUCGUAGAAGCAAAGGGAAGAAGGUGUGGAAGGUGGGCAAAUGAUGGUGCUAUGUACUGUUGUGUGCAUUUAAAUGCUCAUUCCGGAGAAAAGCCAUCUCAAAAGGUACAAAGACCUCCUGUUGGAUCCCCCAUGUGUGAGGGUACUACUACUCAUGGUAGAAAAUGUAAGCAUCGAGCUCGAAUUGGCUCUGCAUUCUGCAAGAAGCAUCAUCCUCAUAGCAGCCAUGAUUCAGUGAUGACUGAGAAUCUUGCUAAUCCCUCUGAGAACACACUCAAGAACGCCAUUGAUAGUAAAGAAUAUGGGUCAGUAGGAGAAGUCCAGAUGCCUGUGCAAGAAAACUUGAUUCCGAUUGUAGUGGGAGAGACCUUGGACGAAAGAAAUUGCUUAAUGAAGAAAUCUGAGCUUUACAAUGCACUACCUGUUCCCGUUAAAAGCAGUAGCCCAGAUUUACCACGCUGCAUUGGAUAUUACCGUCAGAACAAUGGUGACCAAUGCCUAGAGUAUGCUAAGCGACACACUUUAUACUGUGAAAAGCAUCUGCCAAAAUUCCUCAAACGUGCACGGAAUGGUAAAAGUCGAUUGAUUUCAAAAGAUAUAUUUGUCAAUCUACUGAAAAAUUGCUCUUCAAGGAAACAAAAAAUAUAUCUGCAUCAAGCAUGUGAGCUUCUAUAUGGGUUUAUGAAAAGUAGUCUGUCCCGCCAAAAGCCAGUUUCAAGAGGUGACACCAUGGGUUGGAUAUUAUCUGAAGCCUCGAAGGAUGCAGUCAUUGGAGAAUUCUUGUUGAAGCUGGUUACAAGUGAAAGAGAGAAACUUAUGAGGAUUUGGGGCUUCAGUGCAGAUAAGGAUAAGCAGAUAUCAUCUUUGGAAACCAAAGUAGCAUCAACACCUUUGGUGCAUGAGAAGGCAAAUUACCCUGAGAUGACCGUUAAGUGCAAAAUCUGUGCUGAGGAGUUCUCUGAUGACCAAAAGCUUGGGUUACAUUGGACAGAAGUCCACAAAAAGGAAGCUCGAUGGCUGUUCAGAGGAUUUGCUUGUGCAGUCUGCAUGAACUCAUUUACCAACAGAAAAGUUCUUGAGACACAUGUGAAAGACAAGCAUGGCAUACAAUUCCUUGAGCAUUCAAUACUCUUCCGGUGCAUGUCUUGCAGUAGUCACUUUGUGAAUCCUGAGCAACUAUGGCAGCAUGUUCUCUCCUUGCAUGCAAUGGAUUUUAGGCUACCAGACCUUACUCGACAACCCCUGGAUCAAGCUGCUCGACCAAAAAUGGAAAUGAGGUAUAAACUCUGUAAUAGCAAUGAUGUCUCAGAGAAGGACGAUGGUUCACAAAGGUUCCUAUGCAGGUUCUGUGGAUUGAGAUUUGAUCUUCUACCAGAUCUAGGUCGCCACCAUCAAGUUGCUCAUAUGAACCCUAAUUCCAUGAGCCACUUCCCACAAAGGAGAGCAAACCAUCUUCUUCGAAAUAGACAUUGCUAUCCUAGAUUCAGAAAAAGUUUUGGAACCUCAUUCAGACUGAAGAAUCAGACAAGUUUCCGCUUGCAAAAGCAUUUAAACUCUUCUAACUUGGCUUUAUCUUCGAGGCCAAGGCUGCAAACUCAGGCACCGGAAACAGCUAGUCUGGGGAUGCUAUUGGAGUCCCACUGCUCAGAUGUUGCACAGACCUUGUUUUCUAAGAUCCAAAAAACAAAACCUCGGCCAAGUAAUCUUGAGAUUCUUUCUAUUGCUCGUUCUGCUUGCUGCAGGAUAAGCCUUCAUGCUGCACUGGAGGUUAAGUAUGGAAUACUGCCUGAGAAUCUUUAUUUGAAGGCAGCAAAACUUUGCAGUGAGCUGAAUAUCCAAGUAGAUUGGCACCUAGAAGGGUAUAUCUGCCCGAAAGGAUGUAAGCCUCUCAAAAACCGACAUUCUUUAGCUCCUUUGAAGCCUGUCUCAGAUGGGUUUGAGGAACGUCCUACCCUUGCAAUUGUUCCUGUAAAUGAUGCAAAGUGGGAGAUGGAUGAAUGCCAUUAUAUACUCAACUCAGAGCAUUUUAACUGGAAACCUAAGCGGAAGGCCAUAAUUUUGUGUGAAGAUGUGAGCUUUGGCAGGGAACCUGUUCCAAUUGUUUGUGUGAUAGAUGAGGAAUUUAAAGAUUCUUUCCAUGUCAGUUCCAAUGAAGCGCCCUCUGGUCAAGAGCUUGGCAUUUCUAUGCCUUGGCGGGGUUUUACUUAUGUCACCGAACGGUUGAUAGAGCCAUCUCUUGGUCUUGAUACAAAGAAUUCACAGUUGGGAUGCGCCUGUCCAAAUUUGAAGUGUUAUCCUGAAAGCUGCGAUCAUGUGUAUCUCUUUGAUAAUGAUUAUGAAAAUGCUGAAGAUAUUCAUGGUAAAUCAAUGCAUGGUAGAUUUGCAUAUGAUGAAAGAGGCCGGAUUGUCUUGGAGGAAGGUUACCUGGUAUAUGAGUGCAACUCCAUGUGCAAAUGUGCUGCAACAUGUCAAAACAGAGUGUUGCAGAGAGGAGUUCAAGUCAAGCUGGAAAUCUUCAGAACAGAAAAGAAGGGUUGGGCAGUCAGAGCUGGAGAAGCCAUUUCACGUGGCACUUUUGUGUGUGAGUACAUAGGAGAGGUUUUGAAUGAUGAGGAGGCGAACAGAAGAGGGGAAAGGUAUGACCAAGAUGGGUGCAGCUACUUGUAUGAUAUUGAUGCUCACAUUGAUGGUGCUAGAGGUUUGAGUGAAGGGACUGUACCAUAUGUGAUCGAUGCCACAAAAUAUGGGAAUGUUUCCCGGUUUAUUAAUCACAGCUGUUCACCCAACCUUGUGAAUUAUCUGGUUUUGGUGGAGAGCAUGGAUUGUCAGCUUGCUCAUAUUGGUCUCUAUGCAAGUCGGGAUAUUGCUGUAGGGGAAGAACUGGCCUAUGACUACCGAUACAAGUUCUUACCUGGAGAUGGACGCCCUUGCUAUUGUGGAGCUCCAAACUGCCGAGGUCGCCUAUACUGAAUUCUCCAUGAGUAUGCAGUCCUAGAAUUUAUUUGUCCAUCAUUCGGACCUUGUAGGUAUUUUUCUCCCGUAAGCAUUGGAGAAUUCAUGAUUCUUUGGAAAUUUUAAAUUUAGUGAGAUGAAGAGGGCGUCUCCCUAGGUUGGGCUGGUCAGGAAUUUAUUUGCAUAGAUUAAAUGCUAUCAUCUCAUUAAAUUCAAAAGAAUGUAUUUCUUUCACACAUUAGUUGAUUAUUUCCUGUCAGCCUACAGACGGUUAAAAGGAAGUAGGCUGUCUGUAGCGAGACUAAUUUCUCGACUUGUAAUAUACAUUCUCCCUUCAAAUUUCUGAUGUACCAGAAUCUUGCAAGAAAUGUUAAUGGAAUUUUUCUCUUCAUUUGCA